GGCCAGGAAUGCGCUGCCCCUCUCAAAGAUGGCGAAUGUGACACGUCAGUGGAGGGCGGAGGCGAAGGCGAGACGGCCGGUUCCGGCUGACGGGCCGGCGGCGGGGCUAACGGCGGCGGAGGUGGCAGCGAUGGCGGCGAAGGGCGUCGAGGCGGCGGCGCUGGACGCCCUCAAGCGGGGCGGCCCGGGGGCGGCCGAGGCACUCUUCGAGGCUCACACGGCGGCCGAGUUGCGAGCUGUGGAGCGGCAGCUGCGGGCCGGCAUCGAGGGCAAGCGCGAGGAGCUGCGGCAGAUGGUCGGCGAGCGCUACCGGGACCUCAUCGAGGCGGCCGACACCAUCGCCGAGAUGCGCCUCAGCGCCGAGCUGCUCCUCGAGGCCGUGCGCGGGCUACAGCAGCGCCGCGCGCGGGGGCGAGCCGGGGGCGCCGCCGCUGACGGCCAGCGCGUCCCGGGGAGGCCGACGCGCGAGACGAUAGGCCAGCCACAAGAGAAGUUCUACUGCUUGGCAGCACAGAUCCAACUGUUACUGCAGGUUCCUGAAAAAAUCUGGAGUGCCGUGGAAUCAGCUCAGUACCUAUAUGCCACACAGUUGUACCUGCUUUGCUGCCACCUCCAUGGCCUCCUGCAGUUAGAGUCUUCUGGGUCCUGCUACAGCCCAAUUUUGGCCCGUUUUCCUAUUCUUGCACGACAAGUAGCAGCAGCUAGCCAUUUCCGGUCAACCAUCCUGCAGGAGAGCAAAUCACUUCUGAAAUGCCAGACUGUUUUGGAUCAAGCAGUAGCAGAGGCCUUAUGUUCUGCCACACUUCUUGAAGACAGUUCUCCACGCCAGGCUCUUGCAGAUUUCCUGCUGGCCAGAAAAUCUGCAAUUCAACAGCUGCUGAACCAGCCCCAUCAUGAUGCUGGCAUUAAAGCGCAAGUGUGCUCUUUGGUGGAACUCCUAGCCACAACCCUGUUUCAAGCUCAUGCCCUCUUCUACACCCUACCAGAGGGAACACUCCCAGACCCUUCUCUUCCCUGUGGCUUGCUCUUCUCCACAUUGGAGACCAUCACAAACCAGCACCCAGCAGGUAAAGGCCUCACAGUUUUGAAGGAAGAAAUCAAGUUGAGCAGCUCAUUCAAAUACUUGCCACCUUCUGUCACAGAAUUCCAGCCAACACUCAGAACUUUGGCACAUCCCAUUAGCCAGGAAUACCUCAGAGAAACACUUCAGAAAUGGAUCACCAUGUGCAGUGAAGACAUGAAAUCUGGGAUCACAAACUUGCUGAUAUAUGUGAAGAGCCUUAAAGGUUUGGCUGGGAUUCGUGAUGCGGUCUGGGAGCUACUUACCAGCGAGUCCAUGAGUCAGAACUGGGAGACAGUAUGUCAUCGGCUGCUUGACAAGCCCAUCUCUUUCUGGGAAGAUCUGUUACAGCAGCUCUUCUUGGAUAGAUUACAGACUCUAACAAAAGAAGGAUUUGAUGACAUCUCCAGCAGCUCCAGGGAACUACUUCUUCUGACUGUACAGGAACUUGAAGCUAAAUUUGAUACCUCUGCCCCAAACAAGCAAAUCCUAUUUGAACAUAACAUUGCCUCUUUCUUAUGGUCAGAGAAUCCUAAUGAUUUACCACCUGAUGCUGCCUGGAUAAAUGUGGCAAGCCGCAGUCAAUUCAGUAAGAGUGGACUGUCCAUGAAGGCUCAGGCUCACAGCCCUAGUGUCCAGAACUUCUGCAGUGCUCUGGAUUCAAAGCUAAAGGCCAAGCUGGAUGACCUUCUUUCCUACUUGCCUUCAGACUCUUCUUCAUCUAACAAUACUCUGCAUGUGCAGUCCAGGAACAGAUCUGCAUUUGACAGAUUUGCUGAUGCAGGCACUGUAGAGGAGCUUUUGCGCAGCCACUGCAUUCGUUGUGUGGAUUAUGUGCUAGGUUGUGUUAGGGAAAAGUUGCAUCAUGCUCAAGACACACUCCAAGGAUGUACCAAUGCUUUGCACAACCCCAAAAUCAACACUGUCCUCUUCAUGGCACGACUGUGCCGGUCCAUGGGGGAGUUGUGCCCACAUUUGAAGCAGUGCAUUCUGGGAAAAUCAGGUUGCCCUGAAAAUGUGGCAAGAGAGCCCUGGCCUUUGAAAAAGGUGGGGAAAGGAAAGACUCAAGAAGUGAACCCCAUAAAGGCUAAAUGGCAAGAAUUAAAAGAACAACUGCUGCGAGAUAGCCUGUCUGCCUAUCAGAUUUGGAGUACAGCUGUUGCUAAAGUCCUAGUCAAGAGUUUCACAGAAUCAUUAUUGAAGGAUGAGGCUGGGUCCAUUCUGGCAACAGCUACCAACUGGGAGGAGAUUGAAAUUGAAGAAGAGACUGAGACCGGAAGCAGCGUAAAGUCCAAGAUACGACUACCUGUCCAGCCAUCCUGGUGUGUCCAGUCCCUGCUUUUCAGCUUGUGCCAAGAAGUCAAUCGAGUUGGAGGACAUACUCUUCCCAAAAGCACCUUGCAAGAACUACUGAAGACCUGUAGGAGUGAAGUACUAGCUGGCUAUGAAAAAUUGUCAGAAGAGAAACAGGAGAAGAAAGAAGGAAAACUACCAAUUACUCAGAACAGGGCUUUGCAACUUCUAUAUGACCUUAGAUAUCUGAAUAUUGUUCUGACAACUAAGAAUGAAGAUACGAAAAGCAGCAGAAACAAGCAAGACUCCAGGAUUGAGAGACAGACAGACUUUCUGGAGAGCUAUAUAGAUCCCUUUGAUUUGGAUGUCUUCACUCCACAUUUAAAUAGCAACCUUAAUCGCCUGGUGCAACAAACCUCUGUCCUGUUUGGCUUAUUAACAGGGUCAGAGACUCAGUAUACCAGCCGAAGCAGUGCUUUAACUUCUCAAGAACUGCAUAACAUCCUACCUCUAGCAUCUAGUCAGAUCAGGUUUGGCCUAUUGCCACUCAGUAUGUCAAGCUCUCACAAGACUAAAUCAGCCCUGAGAAACACUGAACAUAAUGGUCAGUAUGAUGCUGACCAGUAACCCCUGAAGAAGCCUUAUUGGGGUAUUAAAGCUUGUGUGAAUUGAGUGGCUUCACCCUCUGUCACAGGCUUCUGUUUUAGGCUUGCACUUAUAGAAAGCUUUUGCUCUGAUACAAAUGUUGCCUAUAGCUCAUAGAUCUUGGUAGCUUUUGGCAAACUACCAAGUGAUCUGAGAAAUCACAUACAUAUAGGCAGCUGCAGUUGCUCUGGUUAUACUUUUCGUUCUGUGUUGCUGUGGAACCUAAAUUCUCUGCAAAAUGCUGAAGGGGGUAAGAUUGUCCAAAAGGCUGUUGUUUGAUGCAAAUUUAAUUCGUUUGCCUUUUUUAGUACUACUAACCUGUCUGUUUUUAAUAAAGGCUUCUUGAGACCCUUUAAAAUAGAAAGAUUUUUCCACCUAUAGUGUAGCUUAUUUUAAGUAGAACAAAGAAAGUGUUCUUUUCCAUUGGCUGUCAGUAACUCCAUUUUAGUUAGAAAAGCAUAGACUAGAAGCACUCCUUAGUGUGUAUCUGUCAAAGUUAAUUGUGCUAUAUUAGAUAAAUGGAAUCCAUUUCUCAUUUUUAAGAAGUGCUGCUUCACAGUAGUAGGAACAGAGAAGUAGGCCCUUCAAAAUACAGGAAAGCUUUUGAAUGUCUCUGCCGUCAAAUAGAUUGAGCCGCAUAUUUAAUAUAUCGUUCUGACUUUGAGAUACCUUAAAGUAGUUGUUUGGAUACGCAAGUGCCCUGAAAGCUCACUUGGUGAUCAGAUCUCUUGUAUGCAUCAAAGGACUUCAGCAAGGGUGAUUUUUUUUUCCUGCCAGCACAGAAUGAUACCUUUUCCAGCUCUUAUCAGUGCUGUGUAAAUAAUUAAGGCAAGGAGAUACAUCUCUCACUUUGGGCAGGUGGUAACAACUGACAAUUGCAUUUUGGGGGCUAUGGCUGGCUUCAUGUGCCUGCUAAUCAGACUGAGUGGGAUCCAGAUUAAAGAGAGCAGAGAAGUUACUAAUUUGUGUGUUAAUUUACCAGACUCCCACAGCUGCCCUUAUGAGAACAGAAGAGACGUUUCGCCCUGGUUCCCUUUUCAGGCAGCUUGCAGCAGAAGAGGAAGACACAGCAGCCCCAUCUUUGUUUAAACUUGGCUGGCUGUCCAGCAUGACCAAAUGAUUCAAUAAAAUGUGAAUACUGUAUGUAAACAAAAA